UUCAAAUCAUACUCGACCGCAGUCCAAAAUUCACCGUUCCAGUUCCUCUCACUCAUGGCUCCCAAAUUCCGCAUCAACCAGCUCCGAGCUCUAAGCUCCACCGUUUUCCAUGGCAUCGGAGAUUGCCAUUAUUAUCUGCAUGCAAAUCGAUCUCCGCAAACUCUGUACCAUUUCAGGCGCUUCUCUGAUGCGUCGUCUCCGCCGCUAUCUCCCGCCGCUUCUUCUUCUGCACCGCCUCAAAAUGCAGAGCUCCAAAGCACGAAUCGACCUGAGGAGAUAGUAAGAAAUGCUUCUGCUACCUCGUCUGUGAAUCAAUUCGAGCUUGCUAAAUUCUCCGCCAUUGCCGACACCUGGUGGGACUCUGAAGGGCCAUUUAAGCCAUUACAUGCGCUGAAUCCUGCAAGAGUCUCGUUCAUCAGAUCCACUCUUUGCCGGCAUUUCAGGAGGGACCCUUGUUCUAUUAGGCCUUUUGAAGGACUGAAAAUUAUUGACGUUGGUUGUGGUGGUGGAAUUCUCUCUGAGCCUUUAGCUCGAAUGGGAGCAACUGUGACAGGAAUUGAUGCUGUGGAUAAAAAUAUCAAGAUUGCCCGUGUGCAUGCGGACCUGGAUCCUGUGACAUCAACAAUUGAAUAUUGUUGUACCACAGCUGAAAAGCUGGUAGAGCAGCAAAAAGAGUUUGAUGCUGUCAUCGCCUCGGAGGUAAUUGAGCAUGUGGCAGAUCCUGCAGGAUUUUGCCAGUCCUUGGCAGCAUUGACAGUGCCAAAUGGAGCUACAGUUGUUUCUACUAUUAAUCGUUCUAUGAGGUCAUUCGCAACUGCCAUUGUUGCAGCAGAAUACAUUCUUCGUUGGCUUCCUAGAGGUACACAUCAAUGGUCAAGCUUACUUAUCCCUGAAGAAUUGGUUCUGAUAUUACAACGCGCCUCUAUUUCAGUGGAAGAGAUAGCCGGAUUUGUGUAUAAUCCCUUAACCGGCCAGUGGUCCCUUUCAGAUGAUACCAGUGUAAAUUACAUCGCAUUUGGUACAAAAGUCAGCCAGACGACAGACUAACGAAGGUGUAAUCUUAGUUCUCACGCAAUAGGUAUUAUUUCUGUCGCUAAAUUAAUUUUGCCCUGAAAACUGAAUGGUUACUCCCAAUCAGCUUCCCUCUAAACAUUCCAUAAAGCUUCUUUUUGUUUGUGGCAAUAAGACCUUUCAAUCUCGUAUAACAUAAACCAAAUUUGUUUGAGGUUUAUGAUCUUGGCAGACUCCUCAUUUUGAGCACAAAAGGGAAGAAAAAAUUGUUGUGAAUUGCA